AUGGCAGUGAGAGAGGCAGAGAAAGAAUCAGACACAGAUGAAUCAACUGGCAGAAGAAAUGACACCUCACUGCAAGGCACAGCAACUACCACCACGGCCGCAAGACAAGCAGGAGAAGGAGAAGAAGAAGAAGAUAUGACAAUGAGAGUGAUGCUCCCGCAGUUCAUCAAUGCUGCUGUCUCUGCCUUCAACUGGGCUUUCUUAAUAGUCAUGAAGACUGCAGCUGCACCAUGA